AAUGUCAAUCGAAUUCAGAGAGGUUAAAAGUUUGUUUAUGUAAACUAUAAUUCUUGUGUUCUAAUUAUUAUUUAUGAUAUAGUUGGUGAAUUUUGAAUGAUUAUUUUAUAAUUAAUCCAACCAAAAUAACAAAAUGCAUCGGCGGGGUGGUAAAAGAAUCCGGAUGGACGAUCCGCCUCCCGAAUAUGAAAAUCCUAUGAUGACUCCUCACUUGGAGCAGGAUAACUAUGGAGGGAAUUACAUGCAGCAAAAUCUUUAUGGUGAUAAUAGUUAUGCAGAUCAAUCUGCUGAUUUUGAAUCGCCCCCUACACCUGGUAUGCGAAGGGUUACUAGGUCUAAAGCUAGAGGUUUAAACAAUCCUCCCCCAGCUCCUGUUAUAUCUCCUUCAUAUUCUCCACCUAGUUCGGGCACAAGAGGAAGAGGUAGAGGUAGACCACCAGGCAGAAAAAAUACUGUAGGGGAAAUCAUACACAGUAGAGAUGAUGACGACUCAUUGUACCAUACAAUCAAAAAUAGCAAAAACUCCUUGGCUCAUAUCGUUGAUGACUGGAUAGAGAGCUACAAACUGAAUCGAGAAGCUGCACUGAUAUCUCUUAUGCAGUUCUUUAUAAACGCUUCUGGCUGUAAAGGUCGUAUUACCCAGCAGAUGCAAGCCUCUAUGGAACAUGCUGCGAUCAUCAGAAAAAUGACUGAGGAAUUCGACGAAGAAAGUGGCGAAUAUCCUCUGAUUAUGGCGGGACACACUUGGAAAAAGUUUAGGCAAAAUUUUUGCGAUUUUGUACAAACGUUGGUGAAACAAUGCCAAUAUACUAUAAUAUACGAUCAGUUUUUGAUGGAUAAUGUUAUCUCUUUACUUACUGGAUUGUCAGAUUCACAGGUCAGAGCCUUUAGACAUACUGCAACUCUAGGUGCGAUGAAACUAAUGACAGCUCUAGUCGAUGUGGCGCUCACUGUUUCAGUAAAUUUAGAUAACACUCAACGACAAUACGAAGCUGAAAGACAAAAGACGAGGGAGAAACGAGCUAGUGACCGAUUGGAAGCUUUGAUGGCAAAAAGACAGGAGUUAGAAGAAAAUAUGGACGAAAUAAAGAAUAUGUUGACUUACAUGUUCAAAUCUGUUUUCGUGCAUAGAUAUAGGGACACGUUGCCAGAAAUUAGAGCCAUUGCUAUGACAGAGAUUGGAGUUUGGAUGCACAAAUUCCAUGCUAACUUUUUGGAUGACUCUUACUUAAAAUAUAUCGGUUGGACUUUGCACGAUAAGGUCGGUGAAGUACGUUUAAGAUGUUUGCAAGCUUUACAACCUUUAUAUGCAAGCGAAGAACUGAAAGGAAAGCUGGAACUUUUCACAAACAAAUUUAAAGAUCGUAUCGUCGCCAUGACUCUCGACAAAGAAUAUGAAGUUGCAGUUCAAGCUGUCAAAUUAGUGAUCUCCAUUUUGAAACACCACCAUGAAAUAUUGACUGAUAAAGAUUGUGAGCACGUCUACGAAUUGGUCUACUCAUCCCACAGAGCUGUUGCGCAGGCAGCAGGUGAAUUUUUGAAUGAACGCCUCUUCCAACCUGGAGACUUGGAUUCCGGGAAAACCAAAAGAGGAAAACGACGCCUGCCUAACACUCCAUUCAUUCGAGAUCUAGUGCAGUUCUUCAUCGAAUCCGAACUUCACGAGCACGCUGCCUAUCUGGUCGAUUCUCUUAUAGAGUCGAACACUAUGAUGAAAGACUGGGAGUGUAUGACUGAUCUGUUGCUGGAGGAACCCGGCGUACAUGAGGAACCACUAGAUAACCGACAAGAAACGAGUUUGAUUGAGAUUAUGGUGUGUUGUGUGAAGCAGGCAGCCACCGGAGAAGCGCCAGUUGGUCGAGGACCCACCAGAAAGAUGAGUUCUAUACGAGAAGUGAAACAGGCAGGAGAAGAUAAACAAAAAUUAACCGAGCAUUUUAUAGUAACUUUACCUCAACUGUUGGAUAAAUACUCUGCAGAUCCUGAAAAAUUAGCGAAUCUGUUAAGCAUACCUCAAUAUUUCGAUUUAGAUUUAUACACAAGUGGAAGACAGGAGGGAUCGCUUCAGGCACUUUUAGUGAAACUGAAAUAUAUUGUUCAAGUCCAACACGAACCGGAAGUUUUGGAAACGUUAGCAAAAACUUUAGAAACCGUUUGCACAGAAGGUCAUUCUAUUUUUACCAAGUGCGAUGUUGCCAGAUCGACUAUUAUCGAUAUGAUAGUUGCCUCGUAUAAAGAAGCCAUCGACGAUUGGAGAAAUUUGAUGCUUGGCGAAGAAACUCCCAAUGCGGAUGAAGUGUUUAACGUAAUCAGUUCUUUGAAAAAACUUUCGAUGUUCUAUGCUUGUCAUAAUUUGAACAGCUGGGGCUUAUGGAAUACCAUGUUUCAGGAUGUACAAGAUUCUGAGACUAACUUACCACCAGAAGCACUUAAGUAUUGUUUAAGUUCCUGCUAUUAUUUCUUGCUAUGGGGUCUUAGAGACUUGGAGGUAGCUGCCGAAGGAGGUGGUCUAACGCACUCUGGAAUUCAAGACAUGAGGGAUAAACUGGACGAUUUUAUUGAAGCUUCGCAGAUGCUGAUUAAGUCUUCACCACAUAUUUUAAUCAAGGAGGAAGCAUAUGUUGGCCUAUGCGAUCUUCUGAUAGUUUUCAGUGAACAGUUGCACGGAAGUUCAACAUCUUUGAGUGAAUUAAUCUGUCGACCGGACGUGAAUCUUCAGGCAUUGUUAAACGAAUUUGUUCAAACGUACGUAUUUGUUCCUGUACAAGACUCAGAACACGACGAACUCCGCAUUGAAGGUCUCCACAAACGGCGUAACUUCUUAGCCGCGUACUGCAAGCUGAUUGUCUACAACAUAAUGCCGACAAAAGCGGGUGCUGACGUCUUCAAACACUACGUUAAAUAUUAUAACGAAUACGGAGAUAUAAUAAAAGCGACAUUAAGUAAAGCUAGAGAGAUUAACAAAGUAAACUGCGCUCUAACCAUGUGCUUGAGCUUAAAUAUGAUGUUUAAUGAGGUGCAAAAAUUAAGCUCGGGAAAAAAUACGAGACAACAUGAAGAAUUCUUCGCUUUGAAGGAAUUGGCAAAACGCUUUGCACUGUCCUUUGGUUUGGACGCCGUCAAAAACCGAGAAGCUAUUACAGCUUUACACAGAGCAGGCAUUAUAUUUGCCGUGACAGCUUCAGAGAAUAUAUCAGAUGAUCCCACUGGUCCACCGCCCAACUUAUCAUUUUUGGAAAUUUUAACGGAAUUUACAAAUAAAUUGUUGAAGCAGGACAAAAGAGUUGUCAUGGGCUUUUUGGAUAAAAGAAUUACAACAGGAAUGCCUAGUAGUAGAGGCGAAGACUGGCAACCUCUUCUUUUGUACAGAAAUUCCUUAUUACACGGAGAGACUGAUCAACUUCCUACAACAAGUAAACGGGCUUACGGAAGAAAACGUCAUAAGUCUCCCGAUUCUGAUGUUGAACCAGAUGACUUGUCCGAUCAAGAAUUUCCAGGAAAUUUGUAUGGUUAAGAACAUGUUUUAUUUGUUACGUUUAAUAGAUGGAUCAUAUUAUAAUACGAGGCCGAGUGAAUAAGUCCGUGACUUUUGAAUGAAACACGGGUUUUUAUAUAAAAAAAAGUUGUUUUAUUUUUUCACUAGGGGCUAAAUCUGGAGAAUGGUGUGGAUGAGGGAGCAAUUCGUAGCCUAAUUUAUAGAUUUUUGCCAUAGAAACUGCACGUGUGCACCCUUGCAUUGUCUUAAGGGAAAAGCACUUUUUUCAUGUCCAAAUGCGGUCGUUUUUUUUUUCAACUCAUCCAUUUUGCGUCUGAAUAACGCCAACCAUCCUUGCGAAAUUGUCACACGGUUGCGUUUGUGGUCGAUUGUGAGCAAACGCGGCACCCAUCUUGCAGAAAGCUUUCUCAUACCCAAGUGAUAUUCAGAAUUGAAACCACUGAGUCAUGUGAGAUGCCUAUAGCUUCCAUAAUAUCUCUCACUUUCAAUCUACGAUUGGCUAAAACCAUAUCGUGAAUUUUUUCAAUUGUUUCUGAUGUAGAAACCUCAAUCAAAACGUCCGGCAUCUUCCGUGCUUGUACGGCCACAUCAAAAUUCAGUAAACCACUUCUUUAACCAUGGAAAUGGGAGGUGCAGAAUUCCCAUAAUAUAUCUCAAGCUCAGCCUUGUUUUGAGUGAUGGUUUUUUACGGCAAAAAAAUGCUUAAUGAGCACACGAAAUUCACUUUUUUUUUAUUUCCAAAACGCGCAGUAGUCUGCUAUCAACGCCUGACAAACACAGACUAAAUGACGCAGCUCGUUCAAAUUUACACCAUUGUCAAGUGAGAGUCGCCUGUUGACAGAAACAGUGUUGCCAUUUCAAUUAACAGGCGAGAAAUUCAAAAAGCCACCGACUUACUGACUAGUCCUUGUAUAAUAUAUAGGUACUCUAAUUUUAACUUUGUACACAUAAGAUUUAAUAACAUAUACUUUGUUAAAAAAAUUUAAUAUAUUAUGUCGUCCCAACUUGCGAACUUUUUUUUGAAACUUUUAAUCAUGCUAGAGCCAAAUUGUAAAACCUAAAAAGUUGUAAGAAUGUAAAAUGUUAAACUUGCAAAGUUAUGACUGAAGUUUUUAUUUUUAAAAUUAGUUUUUAUUUUUGAAUAUGUAUUUGCUAAAUAAUAAACGGUUUUUUCUA